ACAAGCCAAUGCCGCAGCAAUAUGAGCACAAGGAACAAACCUAAACAGGUAAAGCGUCAGCGCCCGAAAACGUGCUAGUCGACUCGCUCUUCCUUUCCAGGUUUGCCAACGCAGCCCAGCUCGGCCAUGAAGAUAGCUCCCGCAGCUGCGCUUCCACUGCUGCUGCUGCUCAUCUUCUCGCCGGCCGCCAUGUCCUCCGCUCUGGCCCCGUCCGGCGCCGACGAGCACGGCCCCAGCGUCUACGUUGUCUUCGUCAGCCGCGCCGACUACUUCGACUCCCCGGACUACGACCUCGGCUUGCUCGCUUCCGUCGUCGGAAGCGCGGCGGAGGCGAAGGGCGCGCUGAUCUACCACUACAGCGGUGUCGGCUUCGCGGCGCGCCUGGCACCGGAGCACGCCGCUCGACUGUCAAAGAAGGACGGCGUCGCGGUCUUGAAGGACGAGACGUACGGUAUUGAGGGGGACGGCCGAUUGCCUCGUUUCUUCGAAGAGAAUGUCUGAAGGAUCAAAUGAAGCUUUGGAUUGGAUUGCGAGCCCACGUUUGCAGCAUACCAGCUCAUUUGUCCCCUUUUCACGAUCUGAAACAUCUUCUGUGAAGUUUGGAGUAGACUUUUAUCCUCUUCUCAUCUCAGAUCUCCUGAAAUGAAAUUUACCUAGCAAAUCAAUCUCAUGGAUAUCGUACCCUGAAAAAAAGAAAACAGCUUCAUAUUCCUUUGAUCGAAUCCCCCUUGUCCCUUGAGGCUUAUGAUGCACUAACCUGCUUAAUUGUCUUAUUGGUUCGGUCGCCUUCAGCAUGGUAUAAAAAAUACUAUUCAAGCCUUCAAACAGAUGAUAAGAGUAAUAUCCUGGAAGCCUACUAAUCAUCGGGCGGCUGCCCUGCUGCUUUUUAAGAUCUGUCCCUAGUGUUAUAUAUCCUCCUCGUGUGUUCCUAUGGCCAUGGUCACCACCUCACCAUCGCCCAGUGUCGGCUCGCCUGACCCCCUUUCAAGGUUAUUUUACCUUUGCAAUCAUUCGCAAAAUAGCUCGCAUUUUCUAGCACCCAACAUUACAUGAAGCUGGCUCGCACUCAUAACGCAACCCAACUUCAUAUUCCAAUGAUCCAAUCCCCCUUGUCCCUUGAGCCUUAUGAUGCACUAACCUGCUUAAUAUUAUUGGUUCGGUCGCCUUCAGCAUGGUAUAAAAGAGAUUAUUCAAGCCUUCAAACAGAUGAGCGUAACCAGCCAGGCAGGUGGCUCCACGCCUACACCCGCACCAUUAGGAAUCUGAAAACCAGCCGUGCUCCUAUUUAGCAUUGCAGAGUGCGGUGCAAUAAGAUUUCUUUUAAGGGACGAAUAAUGAACAAUCAUCAGGGAUGAAGAAAUAUAUCACUGAUUUCGUUACUGCAGGUCAGAUGGCAAAUAGAGGCAUCAAGCAACCCCCAGCCAAAAUAGAUGAUACUCUGACCACCCAAAACAAGAUUUGUGAGAGUUAAAACCUUAUAGAAGCUGAUAACAUUGCUUCCUCUUUGUACCACUGAUGGUCUGGUUCCCCAACAUUUUCUAAGUGCUGCUGAUGACCAAAAAAAUAAAAUACAUGACCUUAUAACAAAACAUAAGUAUCAAUGUUUAAAUAAUCCUUAGGAAGCAUCUACCGAUGCUAACAAAGCAGAACUUAGCAGCUAAUAAGAUGAACUACAUAGAAGUAACAUCACACGUGACCUUUCAGGCUACAUGGCAACUGAGAAACACAAACCAGUGCCCUACCUAAAAGCACAAAAAUAAUCAGAACCGUUAACAUUAAGCUGCUGUUUGGUUCAAAAAAUGUAACGCAAACACAAACACAAAUGUAAUCAGAAACCAGCGGUAACGUUAACAAUGAAACAGAUGGCUCGCUUUGUUUGGUUCGCACGCUGUAAAGGGAAUGUAAACCUGCAUCUCUAACCACCCACCUGCCAUCUUCAUCUCGUUCCCCGUUUAUCUCCUUGCAUCUUGCUGGUCAGGCCUGCUGUUCUCUAUCUCUGUCGUGUGCCCACUGCUCACUGGGGAAACAGAGCUUCCAGGAUGCUCACAGACCAAUAGCCUAGCCUUCCAGUAUGCUGUGGCCACGAGGAAAUGGAGCUUCGAGGAGGAGGUCGACCUCGAGCAGAAGCUGGAUCAUCAGCGGCGGUGCAUCAAAAAGAAAGCAGAUGGGAAUGAGGCGGAGGAAGCAGUGGCCGACAUCAUCGUUGUUGCAUCGCCGGCAGCUGUCGCCACUGGCGGAGAUGACACGAAGAGGUCGCUAAGCCAGAGCAGCAUGGUCAUCGGUGGUGACACGUCGAGAAGAAAGCAGAGAAGGAUGAGGUGGAGGAGGUAGCGGCCGGCGUCCUCGCCGCGGCGUCACCGGCCACUGCCGACGGCGGCGGAGGUGACUUGAAGAGGCCAGAGCAACGUGGUCAGUGCCUCAGGCGGCGGCGACAUGCGCGGCCUGGCAUCUUGUUUCAUCUCGAGCUGGGCGGCACCGCAGCCCUUUUCUGAUUAUGGAGUAGCAGCAGCGGUAGGAGAUUUGUAUAGGCUGAGAUUUGAUUACGCUGUUAACUGUUUACGGGUUGUUAGAAACAAACGGCCGGAACGUUAUUGCUUACCAGGUGUAAUCGGAUUACGAUACAUUUAGGCAAACCAAACCACCUAACUCUAACACCCUAAUCUCAGACCUCAUAGAUUUCAUUGUAGUACUUUCUCUUGUACCACUCAUGGUGAAAAAUUUCCCAAUGAUUACACACCAGCUGAACCCUGAAGAAGAGGAAGCAGGUAUCAGUUCUUUGAUU